GGAAGUGGAGGGAGAAAAAUGGUGGAGCCGAGAAUGAACAAAAAAACCAAAGAGAAGUCGCAAGUUUGUAAUCGGAACACACCGGACCCGCUUCGCCAUUCAUGAUUGGAUUUGUCCCCGUUCGGGUUGUCGCAUCGUAUCUAUCAUCCAUCCCAUCCCGCCGACGUGAGAGACAGACAAGGGUUAGACUAUCCCUCCCCAGGUUGACAACGCCAUUGCGCUGGAUAAACAAUUGUCAGAAUAUCCCAGGAUAUUAUCUACUGAAGAAAGCAAGGAACUUCUCAAGGGCCUGGGAAGAGCCCUGGGAAGAGCCAUGGAUCGAGCCCCUGGGACUUGCCACGAACCGGAAACCCCAACAGCCGCGGCAAUCAUUCCAUCCGAUAAUCCCACGGCAAAACUCAGGUCUUCCAGAAGAAAGUGCAGGAAAUGCGGAGAGAGAUAGAAAGCCAAAAGACCGGCUAUUGAUUACUCAAAAGAUUGGGGCUAGAGCUGUCCCCCAAUUCGCCUCGGUCAUUGGUGCCCUCAGGGAUUAUUGGAGGAGUCGCGGGCAAAACCGAUGGAAGUGAUUCGCAGCCUAGUAGACUUAUUAGUAUCCCUGUCUUCGUCCCUUCUCCUCUUUCU